AUUAGUUCUUGCCGGCCGAUUGUGUCUGAUCGAGCAUUAGUUACUUCUCCAAGGGGGAAGAAGCAAGAAGAAAUGGCGGAGUCGGCUGUUGGCACCGUGCUUGGGAGCGUGGGCAAGUUCGCUGUUCAGGAGAGCAGUUUUCUUUGUGGAGUCAGCGCUGAAGCGGCCUUUUUGAAGGAUGAGCUAAUGCGGCUGCAAGGGUACCUCAAGGAGGCCGACAGCAAACGGAGAUCGGGACACAGAGGAGUUGCAGUCUUGGUGAGCCAGAUCAGGGAUGCAGCAUAUGAUGCUCAGAAUGUCAUCGAGGCUGCAAGUUACAUAGAUAAGAGAAAUAUGCUGAAGAAAGGAUUUAUGGGUGCUAUUUCAAGGUAUGCACAUUUACCCAGUGACUUGGUCGCCCUUCAUAAAGUAGGAGCUGAGAUUCAACGUGUGAGAAGGAAGCUCAAUGAGAUAUUUCAGAGUGCACGCCGUCUGAAAAUUGAUUUGGAUCAUGCUGUUGUAGUGACUAGCCAAGUUGAGGAGGAGUUAGCACAAGAUUAUGAUAUUGGGCAUCAAAACUAUGAAGAUGGUGUUGUAGCCAUUGGUUUUCAGGAUGAGUACAAGGAAAUAGAAGAUAAAUUAUUUCAUGAAGGACAGAUGCUUAGUGUUGUCUCCAUAGUUGCCAUGGGUGGGGCGGGGAAGACAACACUUGCAAGAAAGGUAUACACAUCAUCUAUAGUAAAACAACACUUCGACAACGUUGCUUGGGUGACUGUGUCUCAGAAGUUCAAGGGUGUCAAUUUACUAAAAGAUAUUAUGAAACAAAUCAUAGGGAGCAAAGAUGAAUCAAUUGACCAAAUGCGGGAGUGUGAGGUGGGAAAGAAGAUCAAUGAUUUUUUGUCACAAAAAAGAUAUUUGUUAGUUCUCGAUGAUGUCUGGGAAGAAGACACAUGGGACCAACUAAAUAGAACAGUUAAAGCCUUUCCAGAUGCAAAUAAUGGCAGUAGAGUAUUGUUAACCACACGUAAAGAAAAAGUUGCAAAUCAUGUCGAAAUGCAAACCCAUGUUCAUGUUUUGAAGGAGUUAGAUGAAGAGAAAAGUUGGGAACUUUUUAAUAGCAAAGCUUUACCAUCAUACAUAAGGUCUGUCAUAGGUGACGUGAGUGAGUUUGAAGAACUAGGGAGAUUGCUUGCAAAAAAGUGUGGCGGACUACCACUUGCACUAGCUGUUUUGGGAGGUUAUCUAUCAAAAAAUCUGACUAUAGAAGCAUGGUCUGAUACACUAUUGUGCUGGCCAUCAACCAAAAAGACACAAAUGAUGCGAGGCAUACUAGCCCGUAGUUACAAGGACAUGAAAAAUCAGUAUUUAAGAUCUUGCUUCCUCUAUCUUGCAAUUUUUCCCGAGGAUUAUAGAAUCAAUGUAUCCGUUCUUAUUGAACUAUGGAUAGCAGAAGGCUUGAUUCCAAAUGCACCAAAACAUGAACACAAAGAAACAGCACGCAAGUAUGUAGCCGAGCUUGCCCAGAGAAACUUGGUGCAGAUUACUUGUAGAAGCAGGGCACAUGGAUGGCUUGAAGAAAUAAGGAUUCAUGAUAUGUUACGUGAUUGGUGCAUAGAAGAGGCAAUACAGGAUGGCUUUCUUAAUAUCAUCGACAAAACUUCAGGUCAAGUUUGUGAAUUAUCUACUGAUAUCAUGAUUCCAUAUCGAUCUUCUUAUCAAGACUUCAGUGGCCAUAAUCUGCAUUCAACACCUAAUCUUCGAGCUCUAAUUGGAUUUAAUUUUGAAACAACAAUAUCCCUGCCUAAACAAAGAUUUCUUCGAGUUCUUCACAUUGAAAACUCAGCCCUAAAGGAUUUAUCUAGGGCAAUUGAAGGGUGUGUGCACCUAAGAUACCUUGGUUUGAUAAGAUGUUCAGGUCCAGCUAGUCAGAUUUCUUCAAUUGGACAACACCUUCACUUGCAAACUAUUGACACGAGGGGCACAUUUUUAAUUAUACCAAGAUCUAUGUGGGCUAUCCCUUCUCUAAGGCAAGUUUACCUUUAUGGGAUUAUUUCUCCACUAAAGGGUGUGCAACAAACAAAGCUCCAGACCUUGUGGUUAUGCCUUGGAUCAGAUAGCAAUAAAUUCUGCAAUCUUGACAUGGUGAGGAUUUUUGGUCAAAUGACUCAACUAACAACCUUGUCAUUGGAAAUAGACCCACCAAUGUCUGCAGAAGUGAUGAAUGUAUUUGUAAACAUGCCUCACCUGGUUGAUGUUGAACUCUCUAAAUUCAGUGUGCUCGACAAAUUACCCGAGUGCCAUCACUUCCCACAAAGGCUACGAAGUUUCACUCUAACUGCUUAUGCCAUUAAACAAGACCCGAUGCCGGUGUUGGAGAAGCUUCCGUGUCUUGUGGUGCUGAAGUUGGAUGGGUACAGUGGCCGAAGCAUGUCAUGCUCUGCAUGGGGGUUUCCUCGUCUACAGGAAUUAAACCUUGAAGAGUUCUUUUACACCGAAGAGUGGAAGAUCGAGGCUGGGGCAAUGCCAAAGCUCUCCCACCUGAUACUCUUCAGGUUCCCUAAGAUGAGCAAGCUCCCUGAGGGAUUGUUACAACUUCCAUCCCUCAAUCAUCUGAAACUAUACAAAGUGUCCUUGAUUCCUGUUGGAGAUGACAACACGAUGAAUGAGCUGCAACAGAAAGGAUGUGAGGUGAUCAUUACAGGAUAAACAGUGUCGUGGUUAUGGAGCUUAACGAACUGAAUGCCUUUUCUCUAAGGAUGGAUGUGUUUUUGAUUGUCUAAAUCCCAUGUACUCCCUUCGGAUCGGUUCAACAGGCACGCACGUAGUUUAAAACA